AUCGGGAGACGUACAUAAAGCUUUGAGUUGAAAUGAAAUGUUACUAGAAUCGUGAGCUUGCGUUAGUUAAUGCUGUAUGAUGUGUUUUAUGGUGUAAAUGAGACAUUUUAAAACGUGGUAUCGUUUUACAUAAUGAUGCGUGCAUAUGUAAAUUUUGCCUUAUUGAAAGUUUCGAAAUGUAGUGUUUUUUUAUUUAUGGAAUUCGUCGCAUGCGGCUACUUAAGGAAAGAAGUUGAAUGGACGACAACUCUCUGACAGCGAGACAGGACGAAUCCACACAAAAAUCUAGGAUGGGAUUAAACCAGCUUGAGGGAAGCCAUAUUAGUGUAUGAUGAUAUCGCAUUAUACACUGCCGAUAUAAGGCGUUGAAGUUGUCAUGUCAAAUUGAUAUUGCAAAACCUAGUGUGUAAUGACAUUUUUAAAAUGUGUUCAGUUAUUUAAAGUAUUAAAAUUUUGUUGAUAAGACACAUAUCUUAGGUUUUAUAACCUAGAUAUAAAUAUCGACAACAAAUACAAUCAUACACAAAGUACUAUGAUGUAUGUUUUCUUUAUGUAUCAACGCAAUGCAUCUGCUUGUUAAAUUCAAAGGAUUUUGUUGCUUAUAAAAGGCUAUAAGAUUAAAACAUAAACACAUGAAACAAGAAACAGAAAAGUUCAUAAUCUUUAUUACAGUUAACAAUGGAAGAGAAUUUCGGUGAAAUACGCGAUACUUCAAUUAUAAAUGUCACGUUAUACAACAUGUCUAUUCCGACAGAACGAGAAAAUGCCUUAUACGACAUGAAUAUGGCUCUCUUUCGUAUCCAACUUCCGGCUUUUAUUUACACCAUCGUCCUCAUGGUGGUCGGUACUCCUGGAAAUGUGUUAGUUUUGUAUGUUUACUUCUAUAAAUGGCGAAGAAGUACGUCGCGAAUGUUUAUCCUUUUCCUAACAUCGUUGGAUUUAAUCAAUUGUGUAACAACGUUACCGAUGGAAAUAUAUAUAUCGCGCUUCUCGAUUGUAAUCGACAUGCCGUGGCUGUGCAAGAUAUCCCGAUUUUCUACGUACACAAUGAACAGUGCGUCAGCCGCUAUACUAGUGGCAAUUGCCGUGGAUAGAUACCGGAGAAUUUGCCGUCCCCACGGGUCGCAAUUUAAUGCGACCAAUUCCAAGUACAUUUGUAUUGGUUGUAUACUAGUUGCUUUAGGGUUAUACUCUUGGCCGUCACUGCUGUUUUACGGCACGCGGACAAUAAAGUCAAAUGGAAUCGAAGGGAAGUCAUGUCUAAUAGAAAAUCAACAUGAUUAUUCGGUAUUCCCCAAAGUCUAUUUUGCAUUCCAUAUUAUAAGUACAUUGGUUGUUUUUACUGUCCUUUCGAUCCUGUAUUAUUUUGUCGGACUUCAAGUUUGCAGACAAAGGAAAAUGCGAAUGAGACGCAAAGCUGAGAGUGCGAGGUUUAGAAGAAUGAUUCAAGAAGAACACGAUUCAAAAGCCAAAGAAGAAACACUGUUACACGAAUCUGACUCAAUCGAACUAGCAAGCAAUCAAAACAAUGUGAAUUCAAGCACUGUAUGUCAAUCAACAAAUAACUGCAUUGAACUAUUAAUUGUGCCAGCGGAAUCAAAAUCAGAACUGACUUCAUCGACAAUUGUAAGUUCUGUCUAUUCAACUGUCAAUACACGAACGUUGAACAACGAAUUUGAUGAAUCUGAUAAAAGGCGCAAUCGUUGUACCCAGAAGGCAUUUUUCAAACGGAAUUGUUGCCUACGAGAUUCUUUGAAUACGUCCAAUGGUUCGUAUUGCAUAAACAUAAAGAUCCGAAUUGGGCGCUCAACUCUCAUGUUAUUUCUCAUAACACUUGCAUAUAUUUUCAGCUUUCUGCCAUUUCUUGUAAUCGCUGUUAUGCGACAGACUGACAUUCGUUUUAUUGUACAGCUAAAUGACUUCGGAUCCGCAGUGUAUCACCUAUGUCUUAGAUCGUACCUGUUGUCAUGCGCGAUUAAUCCAAUUAUUUAUUCCUUUUGCAAUGCUCAAUUUAGAACGUUUUGUUUGGAUACAUUUAGACGUUAGGAAGUGCUAAGCAUUCGGUAAAGUUGUAUGCUUUUUGUAUAUUGCUGUGUAAUGAGUAUUGCUUUUGUGUUGCUUAAGAGUACAGUGAUUCACUUACUCAUACAUGAAUCUACGUUGAUUACCAUACAAUACCAUACGUGCGCUGCUCAGUAUUAAUUUACGCUGCAAAAUACUGUUUUGCUCUAUAUUGUAUGUAUUUAACCAUUAUAAUCGGCAAUGUUUUAGUUAACUGGUAAAUGAUCAGUCAUCAUUAACAAAAAUGUUGUUUUCAUAAGUUUGUGUUAAAAAUAUUUUAUGUUAAAUAUACGUAUACUAUAUAUGCGGAAUAUACGCGAUACAAUUUCUCUGGCGCUCAUAAAAAUUCAUGGCAUA